GUAUAACAUAUAAAAGUGGCAUAUUAAUUAAAAAAUAUAUAGUGAGCACAAUGUUGCGGCUACUGAUACUUUUAGCACUCACUUUCUGUGGAUUUUUUGUCAAUCCAAGUGAAGCCUUAGAUUGUCCUGAACCUUGUGACCCUAUUGUGUGCGUGAGAGGGUACAAACUUGUCCAACAACCUGAGAACUGUUGUCCAACGUGCGAGCCAGAAAUUCCUCAUCCGAUCUGUCUGUUUGUGUGCAACGGUAUUAAAUGUCCUCCAUUGCAAUGCAAACCUAAUCAGGUGGCUGUGAGACCACUUUGUGGCUGUUGUGAUGUUUGUAGAGAUAUACCUUUGCCUUGUAAACCGAAUUGUACUCUAGUUAGAUGUAACAUUCCCCUUUGUAAGCCGGGACAAAUUAUUGUUAAACCACCUUGUGGUUGUUGUGGAAUUUGUCAAGACAAACCUGUUGUAGAUUGUUCAAAAACCUGUUGUACAACUCCUAUUUGUCCAAAAGGAGUUAACCAACUCAAAAAACCUGGUGAAUGUUGCUUCAAAUGUGAAGAAGAGUGUUCUAAAUCAGACGUUUGUCCAUUGAUCAAAUGUGCACCUGGUUACCACAGUGUCAAACGACUAGGAGACUGUUGCAAUGUUUGUGAACCAGACGACUGUCAUGGAGUUGAAUGUCCUUCAGUGAAAUGUGCAGCAGGAUUCGAAGAAGUGAAAAAGCCUGGAGAAUGUUGCGCCACCUGUGCACCAAUUUGUCCUAAAUUUUGUCCAUUUAUCGGUUGCGCUCCGGGAUACCAUGAGGAGAAAGGUCCUGCAGAUUGUUGUCCAAAAUGUGUCAAAGAUCUUCCGACGAGUUGCAAGCCCGAGUUGUGUCCUCAAUUAUUUUGCAUGGAAGGAUUCGUUUUAAAAGCUAAGCCUGGAGAUUGUUGUCCUUCGUGCGUUCCAAUCUGUCCAAAUGUAUGUCCCCUUAUUAACUGCAUUAGUGGCUACCAUGCUGAAAAGUUACCAGGAGAUUGUUGUUCUAGUUGCGUACCAGAUCCUCCAGCCACGUGCAACAAACAAUUGUGUCCCCUUCUUAGAUGUGCACCAGGGUACGUUUUGGGCACCAAACCUGGAAGUUGCUGUCCCACAUGUGUACCAGCAUGUCUUAACGACUGUUCGAAAGUAUUCUGCCCGGCCAUAGUGUGUGCAGCAACGGAACAGUUGGUCAAAGAGCCAGGUUGCAGCUGUUGUCCAGUUUGCAAACCGAGAGCCUUGUGUACGGUGCCUUGCGACCAAGUGGUGUGCAGACCGCCCGUUUGCACCCCGAACCAAAUCCUCGUCCCUGAUCCUUGCGGUUGUUGCAAAAUAUGCCAGGAUAAAUCUUCCAGCCUUCUGCGACAACCAAGUUGUAAACCAGAUUGUUCUAAAUUACAAUGUAAAGUGCCAGUUUGCUAUCCACAUCAGAUCCUUGUCGUGCCUCCAUGUGAUUGCUGUCCAAUAUGUCAGGACACUCUUUUAGAUUGUAGUUUGAUUCAGUAUCCUGCAAUCAACUGUUUUGCUCGUUCUAUGAAGAUCAAGAGGGGAUGCUGUUACGAGUGUGCUCCUAUCAUUUUUUAAUGGUAAACAUAAUAUAUAAAUGAUUAAUUGAUAAA